CACAAAAACMAAGCACGACACAUCUGUUGCUGAUACAAAACGUAAAGCCAACCCUGUUUGACAACUCGAGCAUAUCCUCAGACUAUUUCUGAUUUUACCGCCAUUCGAAUACUGUUGCGGAACACAUUCUCAACCCACGCAUCGGAUCGAAUCCAAGCCAUCAUUCCUGCCUUUCCGCACAGAUCGAAGGAAAAACAAAACGAUACGACAAGACUUCCGUAGUUCUUCCCCUGCAAAACGUAUCGAAGGCCAGACCAUCUUCGGACCAACGAGCACUGAAACGUGAACGAAGUUUUGUAGCAUCAAACCAAAAAACCAGCAAGACACACGUGUUUUACGGUUCUCGUUCUUUCUGUCACUUUCCGUCACUUUUGAAGCCUUCCUCGGUCUUCAUUUCAUAAGUAAUUAAACACGGUAACUUUAGAAUAUCAUCUAGACGUUAGGCCAUAAAGGACAACACAGCAAUCCUCGAUCUGCAAGUACUAAACGACAGCACCAAAAAGUACCAACUACAUAUACCACAAACCACACACACAACAACACUAUAUAUUUUCAAAUAAGAGAACAGCAAUUAGAACACGGGAAGACAAUAUGCCAUCGAUAGAAAGCGUCCCAGAGGAAAUCCGUGCCCGAACGGAGUUUGUUGCCGCGAUCCGAACGGGCAUCGACGCGCURAUGGGUAGGUGCGGCUUUUCGAGAGAACGGGCCGUUGCUACUCUGCUAAAGGAACUGAACCGCGGAAUGCAACAGCAACAAGAAUCAUUAUCAACAACGAUUCCGGGCACCACCAGCAGACCCACGGAUGACGAGGUAGGUUAGAAUCGGGAUGACAAGAUACCCCAUCGUAUCGAUAUAGCCUUUGAGAAAGAAUAGAGAUGGUAGCAUUCAAAGGUCACCGCACAGAUAAAGUUUGAUGUGUAGUUUUUGAUCAAAUACAUUUUGUCUAACACAAUAUUUGUACUGCGGAUUGCUAUUGUUUUCUUACUCUCUUGUGUGAUCCGAUUUGUUUGAUUUUGUUUGGUGUUUCUAGAUUUUCGAUGCCAUGAGGAAACACAAACUGGGCGUCGACGAAGCAACAAGGGCAGUUACUGUCAGCCGAGCCAUGCGGCGAGAGAUGCUAUCUCGAAGGGAUAUCACACCCGCUGAAGCAAUUGAUAGACUGAUUGCCAGGAUAUCGCUGGACAACAUUCUUUACGAAUCAGGGGAAGACGACGACAGUGACGACGACAAUCGGGGAAUUUCCGCGCUGAACAUGCCAAAGAUUGACCUGGUAUCGUCGCCAUCAUCCUCUUCCCUUAGUCCUUCCUCUCCAUCUACCUCCUCCACUACCUCUAAAACCACCGGCCAUUUUCGAAAGAAUGCGCGCAACAAAAAGUUUACCUCUCAGUCUCCCCGAAAGCAACAAAAGACAAGCCACCAUCACGGUACUGGCAACAACAUUCUGGUUGGAAAAAAACGGGGUAUGGACGAGAUGGACCACAGCGGCAGUAAAAAUGACGACGAGGUGGAAACAAAGGCCGCCACGGGCAGGCCCCUCCGCGGCGCCAAGCGAUUGCACCGGGCUUCGGCGAAUGCAUCGAGCGCUUCUUCUGAAGCUUCUACGGGCUCGUCAACCCGGUCCGUUAACAAAUAAGAAUUGCACGUAGUCUUUUUGCGAUUUUUUAAAGUAAAAGCAAGAAAGUACUGGAUGCGGAAGGAAUGCACUGAUAAUUUGUAUAAGGAGAACCUGAAAAUAGCCAAGGUGAACAGACAAACAAACAAAUCCAUGACGGAUAUGGCCCAGCGUAAACGUGUUUUGUCGUUUGGAAAGAAUAACAAACCAUGAACACCUCCAAAAUAAAAAUCCGAUUAUGGUCGGAAGGCUGGUAACUAUGGUUCAGUUAGUUACCUUGAGGGUGUCGAUGCAAUGAGAGCAUCCUUCUAUACAUGCAAACACAAAAAUCCAGUAAACUAACAAAUCAAGCCCGCAACUUCACGGAGCAACUAUACCGUGCGUAACAAUGAUGUUAAGAGGUCGUUUUUGAUUUGAAAUAAGAAGAAGUAGCUAGUAUCCAUGCAUCAACGUACUCAUAGCAUAAAAUAGGAGWAGUAGU